AGAUAAGCACACAGCUGCUCUCAGGGGCUGGCUCAGUGAUGUGACCACACACAGCCUGGGGCUGUAGCCGUUAGAAGUGGGAGGAUAGAGUGGACUGAAGGCAGUGGCAUUGGUGGACUCUCAGCCAUAGCAAAGGCUGUGCUGCUACUCUAGCCAUGGAGCAAGCUGGGAAGAGCAGGAGCAACAAACCCAAAGCCUGUGGCCGUACUGCCAGAAACGCUGCAGCUACUGCAACUUCAACAAGUACAUCCCCCGGGGCCUGGAUGAGGAGUCCAUGAGGAGCUGUCUCACUCGGGAAGCCCAGACCCUGAUCCGCCUCAGCCAAGUCCAGAGGAUCAGUUCAGUGUUCUUUGGUGGGGGCACCCCGAGCCUGGCCAGCCCGCUCACCAUCGCUGCUGUCCUGGAGACCGUCUCCCGCUGCGCCCCCUUGGCGGCAGAUGCCGAGAUCACUCUGGAAGCCAAUCCCACCUCGGCAGGUGCCUCGCGGCUGGCAGGAUUCCGGGCAUCGGGCGUCAAUCGCCUCUCCAUUGGCAUCCAGUCAUUGGACAAUGUGGAGCUGAGGCUCCUUGGGAGGAACCACACAGUUGAUGAGGCUCUGGGGACCUUGGAAGAGGCAAAGAAGCUGUUUCCCGGCCGCACGUCUGUUGACCUCAUCUUUGGCCUCCCUGGCCAGAGUGUUUCCUCGUGGGCCAGAGGGUUAGAAGAGCUGCUUCAGCUGUGUGAUGACCAUGUGUCUCUGUACCAGCUGACACUGGAGAGGGGCACCUCCCUCUUCAAGCAGGUCCAGCGGGGCUCUCUGCCUGUGCCCAAGCAGCAGGUGGUGGCAGAGAUGUAUGAAUCUGCCCGGGAGAUGCUGCGGGACGUGGGAUUCCGGCAGUACGAGGUCUCCAAUUUUGCCAGGAAUGGGGCCCUCAGUACCCACAACCUGUCCUAUUGGCAAGGCAGCCAGUACAUAGGGAUCGGGCCAGGAGCUCAUGGGAGGUUUGUGCCACGAGCACAUGGCGAGAGCCUUCGGGAAGCCAGGAUACAGACCCUGGAGCCGGACAGCUGGAUGAAGGAGGUGCUGGCCUUCGGACACGGGACCCGGAAGCGGACUGUGCUGAGCCAGCUGGAGGUGUUGGAGGAGGUGUUGGUCCUGGGGCUCCGCACGGACACAGGAAUCACACACCAGCACUGGCAGCAGUUUGCCACCAGCCUGAGCCUGUGGGACAUGUUUGGAAGUUCAGAGGAAGUGAAAGAGCUGGAGGAUCAGGGCUUGCUACUUUUGGACGAUAGGGGGCUCAGGUGCUCUUGGAAAGGUUUGGUGGUGCUGGACUCUCUCCUGCUGACCCUUCUCAACCAGCUCCAGCAGUCCUGGGCAGACAGAACAGCCCAUCGGAUCUGAAGCUACGCAGCUGUCAACCAAGAAGCAGCAGCCUUCCCAGCAAACUCCAGCAGUCCUGGAUGGACAGGGCAGACCCGAAGACGGACAGAUCUUGCAUCCAAUCUGGAAAGCAUUUCAGCAGGGGAGGCCGAUCCUAAGUGUCCAAAGGAACAACAUGGCUCUUGGCUGAAGUCAGUUUGGAGCCCUCGGUUUGCAAAAUCCAGGACGAGGGCCGAAUCCAGGCUUGGAAUAAAUUGGUGGGUUUUGCAUCUGCUUAUAGCAGAGAG